AUGGGGUCUUCCAAGACCUUCAUGAGACACCUGCCAAUCACACCAGGCUACAGUGGCUUCGUGCCCUACCUUAGCUGCCAGGGCACCUCCAGUGAGGACAACAUGUCCCACUGUCUGAAAAUCUUCCAGGAGAACACACAGCGGAGUAAAGACCAGCUGGAGGACUUACGCUGCACAGUGGCCACUGCCCCACUAAAGCCCGUCUGCUCAGAGGAGACGGUCCUGUGGACCCUGCACCAGUAUUACCGGCGGUACCGCCCCUUGAGUCGUGAAUGCAAAUACAUAAAGAAACCUCUUCAGGAGGCCCCCAUCCCCGGCUGGGCAGGCUACCUGCCGAGAGCCAGGGUCACUGAAUUAGGCUGUGCCACGCGGUACACCGUCAUGGCCAGAAACUGCUACAGGGACUUCCUGGACGUCAUGGAGCAGGCCAAGAGAGCACACCUGAAACCAUAUGAGGAAAUAGAUUGAGUUAGGCCUGCAGCACCUCCUCCUACCCCUUCUCCAAAAAUGUUGCUGCAUGAAAGGCUGCUGCCAAAGUAUCCGGAUUUCUCUAUUCCAGGUGCUAGGUGUCCUACCCUUGGAAGAGCCCUGAUGGAGGGCCCCAGACCUCCGGUGAGGUGUGGCUGCGCUCAGAGGCCAGAUGUCUUAUGCAACGGGAGGUUUUAUCUAGAGCCACUCUCUUCAGUAAAGGGCGUGGAAGGGUAG